AUGCGGACAGAGAGCAAUCGCCGAACCAGUCCUCCAGCUGAAAUGCUGAAUGCCACGCAAAAUCAGACAAAGAUCUCUUUGACCUAUUUAUUGGCUUCCAUCGACGAUGCUAAUUCCCCCGCAACUGCCUGGUUGUUAUUAUAUGUCGCGAAGGAUACCAGGGGUCAAGUAUAUGCCGGUGCCUCUAAGGCUACUUAUGACCCGCAUUAUCAUACCAGUUUCGGGCCGCCCACGAUAGACGGGGCACAAGAGCGGGCCGUCAGUCCCAUCCACCGUUGGUUAACCCUAUUUCGGGAUGGAAAUGACGGUGACUCGGGCAGUCCUAAGGUGACAAGGUACCUACCUACGUAG